AUGCCGAAUAGUUAUAAUCAUGCUUUGUCAAGAUUGAAUGGUUUAAAUAAACGAUUCAAGCGGGACCCUAAUUAUCAGUUAUUGUAUAAAGAAAACAUUGAAGCUUAUGUCAAAAAAGGAUACGCUGAGGAGUGUAACGAUUCUGAUGAUGCUCUUUCAGGUUGUAAGCGUUGGUAUUUGCCUCAUUUCGGUGUGACGAAUCCCAAUAAGCCCGGGAAGCUGAGGAUCGUUCACGAUGCUUCUGCCAAAUCCAACGGUGUCAGUUUAAAUUCAUUACUAUUGCUAGGCCCAGACUUACUUCAAUCUUUAGUAGGUAUUCUCAUUAGAUUUAGGGAAGGGCAGGUGGCGUUGUCAGGAGAUAUUAAGGAAAUGUUUCCACAAAUUAAAAUUCGUGAAGCGGAUCGCGAUUGUCAACGCUACCUGUGGCAACCAGAUGGACCUGAUGGCCCAGUCCACGAGUUUAGGAUGUCAUCUCUUAUUUUUAGCGCCGCGUCGUCUCCUUUCACUGCUAUUUAUGUAAAAAAUAAGAAUGCUAGGGAUUUCGAAAAGCAAUUUCCUGAGGCGGCGAAAGCUAUUAUUGAGGAUCACUACAUGGAUGAUUUUAUUGGUAGUGUAGAUGAUAUUGAGGUCGCUGCACGUCUCGCUGGGGAUAUCGUAGAUAUUCACAGUAGAUGCAGUUUCGAAAUGCGUGCCUGGAUAUCAAACAAACCGGAAGCUUUGCGUUUAGUUCCAAGUGUGUUGCGUAAAGAUGGUGAAACUAGUGUGAACCUUGACAUAAACAAAGCAACUACCCGUGUUUUAGGCUUGUUUUGGAACCCUGUAAAUGAUUCGAUAAGUUUUAAUGUCAAUGUUCAACAGCCUCAUAAUCAUUACUACACUAAACGCCAAGUUUUAAGGGAUUUAAUGAGAAUUUUUGAUCCAUUAGGUUUUUUAUGUCCAUUUAUCACACAGGGCAAGAUUUUAUUCCAACGAACAUGGCGAUUAGUUACUGGUUGGGAUGACCAAUUGCCCCAGAGUGAAUGUGUCAAGUGGUUAGAGUGGUAUCGUGGUUUUGAAAUGUUACAGUCACUAUCAAUUCCACGGUGUUAUUCAAAUUUUAUCGGCCCAGUUAGUCGUGAGUUACACGUGUUUUCAGACGCCAGUGAUCAAGCUUAUGCAUGCGUUGCUUACUGGCGACUUACAUAUUGUGAUGGUUCAGUAAAAGUCGCGUUUGUUAUGAGUAAAUCGCGAGUCAGUUCUCUUGAACCAACAGUUAUAGCUAGGCUGGAACUUCAGGCAGCUUUGCUAGGGGUACGCCUUGCAGACACAAUCACUUGGGAGCAGAGACAAAAAAUCAAUCUCCGUUACUUUUGGUGUGAUUCGCGCGUAGCUUUGUCGUGGAUUCGUAGUGAUGCGCGCAACUAUAAAGCAUUCGUCGCGAAUCGGGUCGGAGAGAUUUCAGAAUCAACCUUACCGCGCGAAUGGCGUUGGAUACCGUCCGACCUUAAUGUAGCAGAUGACGCCACUCGCGUGAGUUCUAAAAGUGUGGUUGAACUUAACAGAUGGUUGAACGGACCGUCCCUUUUGAUGUCACCUGAAGAGGAAUGGCCAGUAGAGCCCGAAGGGCCGGUCCCCGUUAUUGGUCAGGACCUCAAGUGUCAUCAAACUUCUUUGGCAGAUUUUCGGCUUCAUUUUAAUGUUGUUCCAAAUUCUAAAAACUUUAGUAGCUGGCUGCGGCUCUUACGAGCCACGGCCAGAGCUCAUCAGUUUUUACGCUUACUUAAGGAAAGUAAAUUAAGAUCUGUAAAUAAUAAUGAUCGUUUUCGUAAUAGGGGUGGACUACGUCCGCUUCUCUGUAAAGACAUGAAGUCUGCGGAGCUUCAUUUAUUGCGACAAUGUCAAGCGGAGACAUUUUCUGCUGAGAUUACGGCCUUACAACGUAGGGAACCACUACCUAAAUCCAGUAAAAUUGCAAAACUUUCCAUUAAGCAGACUUCAGAUGGCCUUCUUCGUCUUUAUGGGAGAGUAUCUGCUACGCCUGAUCUCUGUAAUGAUGUCAAGUAUCCUCCGAUUUUAGAUGGUCGUCACCACAUCAUCCACUUACUUAUUCUUUACUAUCACGUUUGGGCUUGUCACGGAUAUAACGAGACCGUUGUGAAUGAGUUGAGACAAAGGUUUUGGAUUUUUCACUUACGUCCUACUGUUCGUUCAAUCGCUGCUAGAUGUCAAGCAUGUCGUCUGAGAAAGGCUUCAUCUUCCAUUCCACCUGAGGGAGAUUUGCCGGUUUGCAGAUUAGAACACCAUCAGCACCCAUUUUUAAACACCGGACUUGAUUACUUUGGACCAGUUGACGUUACCAUUGGAAGGAGACACGAAAAACGAUACAUUGCGCUCUUUACCUGUCUUUCCAUCAGAGCAGUUCAUUUAGAGGUUGUUGGCAAUUUGAGUGCGGAUGCUGCUAUAAUGGCACUUAGACGUUUUAUGGCACGCCGUGGAGUACCAAAGAAGAUUUUUUCUGAUAACGCCAAAGCAUUUGUCGGUGCCAAUCGUGAAAUAAGAUCUAUGUGGAGAACCAUGAAUCAUACAGAAGUGGCAGAGUAUGCGGUAUCGCGCGGCAUAGAAUGGAAUUUUAUCCCACUGCAAUCGCCUUUCAUGGGUGGAUGUUGGGAGAGGCUGGUUCAAUCGGUCAAGAGAGCGCUGACAGCUACGGUUAAGAGCAAAUCAUUUAAGGAAGAAAUUCUCGUCACUCUUUUGGCCGAGGUAGAACACGUUAUAAAUUCACGGCCAUUAACCCAUGUUCCAGUUGCAGCUGAUGAUGAACCUGCACUUACUCCAAACCAUUUUCUCCUUGGUCGCUCCUCUGGAUUGCCUGGACCCGUGUCUUUGAACGAUGGAGAUUUAUUAGGAAGAUCGCACUGGCGUAAAGCCCUAAGAUUAGCAGAUCACUUUUGGUCUAGAUGGCUCAAAGAAUAUGUGCCCAGUUUGACACCACGCAGAAGCCAGAACUCUCAGCUACGAUAUUCCAAUCUGUCAGUAGAGGACAUAGUCUUGAUCGCUGAUGCAAGUAUGCCACGGGGACUUUGGCCUAAAGGCCGUAUAACUAGAGUGUUUCCUGGCCAUCAUGGAAUAGUGCGUGUAGCGGACGUAGCGACAGUUGGGGGGGUUCUUAGGCGUCCCUCGCGUAAACUUAUCAAGCUGAGCACUGUGUAA